ACCACAUUAACUUAUUUAAAGGUGCAUUUAUUAAUAAACUUGGUUAAAAACAUUUACCAAGUUUAUGUCUUUAAGCUUCUCUGAUAUUAGAUCCAAAGGAUAGGAUGAACAAAAUAAGAACAUGGAGUUCGAAACAAACCGUCAUGAUUGCCGAGAAAUUUGCCUACUUCUCCUUUAUGUUACGUGUUUUGGACUCAUUCUUUUUCUUUUACUCUACACUACAUAUUCAAAACGAUGGGCAUGUGUCAGUCUAUGAAUACACUUUCUAGAGAAGCAGAAAAAAGCUGCCAAAUCGACAAACAGCUAGAAAAAGAGAAAAUAAAGCAAGAAUACAAGAUUUUGUUAUUAGGCAGCGGUGAAUCAGGAAAAUCAACUAUCUUGAAACAAAUGAAGAUAAUCAAUCAAAACGGCUAUUCAAAAGAGGAGUUGCGUUCUUGGCGGACUAUUGUUUAUAAAAACCUGAUUGAAUCGGCACAGGUAUUGAUUCAAGCCAUGUCAGACUUUGAUCUGAGCUUUGUGGAUACACUGAAUAAUACCUAUGCCGAUCAGAUCAGAAACUAUCGGUUAUUGGAGAGUCAAACCAUGUUGGAUGCUUCUUUCAUAGAAGCAGUAGAGCAUAUAUGGGCAGACCAAAGUACAAAGUUUUGUGCUACAGAAAAAACCAGUGAGUUCUACCUUAUGGACUCAGCACCUUACUUUUUUGAUGAAAUAGUACGUAUCGGAAAUCCGAACUAUAUUCCCAAUGAACAAGAUGUCUUACGGGCUCGGCUAAAGACAACAGGAAUCACAGAAAUCAAAUUUCAGCAUAAGAAACAAAUGGCAAUACAUAUGUUUGAUGUAGGCGGUCAAAGGUCAGAAAGAAGAAAAUGGAUUCACUGUUUUGAAGCUGUCAGUUCAAUUAUUUUUUGUGUUGCUCUUAAUGAGUACGAUCAAGUUCUAUUAGAAGAAAAAAGACAGAAUCGAAUGCUGGAAAGUAUUGCAUUGUUUGAAUCCAUUGUGAAUAGCAGGUGGUUUCUGCAUACAUCUAUCAUGCUGUUUCUAAACAAGGUUGAUCUAUUUAAAAUAAAAAUAGCAAGAGUGUCUCUUCAAAAGUAUUUUCCUGAUUAUGGAGGUGGAAAUGAUAUUAACAAAGCAGUAAAAUACAUUCUGUGGCGAUUUCUUCAAGCAAAUAGACCAAAACUCAAUGUUUACCCGCACCUCACUCAAGCAACAAAUACGAAUAAUAUUCGAUUUGUGUUUAUCACUGUUGAAGAAACACUACUUCAAAAUGCGCUAAAAGCUUCGGGAAUGAUGUAAGGAAGCGUAUAUUCUCAUUGGAUACAACCAAUGAUACAAAAAAAAAAGAGUAAAGUUCAAUUAAUAAACCAUUAUUGAAAAGAGUCUCCCUUGAAA